AUGGCAACGGCCAUGGAGGCAAGCGAUGCUACCGGCAUCCCCCUCCAAGAAGAACAACCUGAACGAGAGGACUGGGUAGAAAUACGCAGGCGAAGAUUCAAAAGGGUCAAGCCACAAAAUACCGAGGCCACAAUCUCAGUCUCUCAACUGACGCCGCAGAAGGCCCUAACUAGACAACCAAGACUACCUCCGCUCCCUCGAGACGAUUUUAAAAUUAUUAUUCGCCCGCGAGGAGCCUUAAAUCUUGCCAACCUCGAGACUAUCCACCUCUCUCGCGCCAUCGCGGAGAAAACUCGGCAACAUACCCGCGACCGACCAAACUCGACAACAUUCCAAGUCCGCAUGGACAGAAUACAAAAUAUCGCCAUCGCAAGCACCCCAAGUGAAGACCUGGCCCGACACAUCAGAGACAUUCCAACCCUGCGUUUUGGUGACAACGAAUAUGAAGUUACCGCUUAUAUUGCCGCCCCCGACGACUCGGCUCGCGGCGUGGUGCGUGGCAUUCCGCCCGAGACCACUGGCCAAGAACUAAUCGACAAUCUCUACUCGCCGGGCUAUGAAGUUCUUUCAGCCCGAAUGAUCGGAAAAACAUCGACAGCUCUUAUUACUUUCACCGGCAAGCAAUUACCGAAAUAUGUCAUCUUCGAGCACGCAGCACUUCCAUGCAGUUGGUAUCUACCUACCCGUCACGCCUGCUACAUAUGCCACGAGAUCGGUCAUCGCGCUGAUGUGUGCCCAAACCCGGACACUGUUAAGGCCACAAAGGACGGGACCGAGGCAACGGUCUUCCUCAAGACCAAGGUCCAAUUCCAGGACACGAUCAAGCAACCCACAAUGCGACAACGCACCAGCAGCACUCUGUCAACCAACAGACAACAACAGGAUGAGCUGGGCAGCGCGGCUAUUCCCACAAAACAACCAAAAGAGGCAGACCACUUCCUCUUCGUCCUGCGCGCCGGAUACCCCUCCCAGGUCAUACUCGCAAUCAAAUCACAUCCGGGGAAAAAAACAACUUCACCAGUGUCAGCUUCCGAUGAAGUGGCUGUAAUCCCCGGACCCACUGGCCCCAUGCCCUCGCAAAUAGAAACAGGACUAGGAGAAACACUCGUACAAUCACAACAACAAAUGCAGCAGCAAAUCAUUCAGAUCCAGCAGCAAAUGCAGCUGUCCCAAGAGCAGUCCCAACAACAGCUGCAAGAGAUGAAACAGGCGCUCCAGCACCUUCAUACUCUCAUUAACACUGAAGAUACUGACCACGCAAACCGCAAAAAACAAAAACAUGCCUCUCUUCGUCAAUACAUAUGCGAUGCCGAAACCCUCCCUGAUGUCAUAGCAAUUCAAGAAACCGGAUCGGUCCCAUCGCAAUCCGGCUACAACUGUCAUACAACGUCCGCCGAUAGUAGAGUCGCCACACUCACUGCCAAAUCACUCACCACUGUUCUGCACCAAAUUGAUGGCAGUAACAUCGACCAUAACCUUAUCGAGAUCCUGCCUGCAAAAAGGGGUCAGAUGAGUAUUUUCGUGCUCAAUGUCUACAGUCCACCAAGUCGACGAAAGGAGAAUUUUGCCUACCUGCUCGCCGCGACUUUCAAACUAGCCAAGCAGAACGGCGUCGUCAUCCUGGGCGACUUUAACGCGGCGCACCCAGCUUGGGGAUACGGCAAGGCGACCGUGAAAGGCAAUAAAUUGUGGGAGCUCAUCCAUCAACAGGGCCUCACAGUACACACAGACCCUGCCUGCCCUACCAGGAUUGGCAACAGUGUGUCGCGUGACACGUGCCCCGACUUGACAAUGACCAAGAGGCUCGCAGACGCUGAAUGGUGCAACACCGAGGAAACGCUCGGAAGUGACCACUGCAUUCUCAUCACUACGGUCCCCCUCAUUCGCAAGAACUCCUACAUCAAAAAGACACGACUCGUUAAUUGGGACGAGUUUCGUAAGCAGAGAGAAACCACUUCCACUUCAGAGAUCAUUUCCUGCGACGAAUGGGUGAGCGCUCUACAACACGACGUCUCCGCUUAUGCCAAAGAUAUCAUGUUAACCGACGAACGACAAGCCGUUGACCCCCACUUACUCCAUCUGUGGGAAGCUCGACGAAGCUUGAUCAAGCGAUGGCGUCGGCAGAAGCACAACAGGACCCUCAAGAUUCGGAUAGCAAGGCUCACAGAGGAGGCCGCUGAUUACGCUGUGGACCUCAUGCAACAGAACUGGCAACAGUUCUGCAACAGCCUACAGGGCACCCUGGGCACCGCCAAAACCUGGUCCCUGAUGCGCCACCUGCUUGACCCCACCAAGAGCAAGUCAGCCACCCGGCAUAUUAUCACAAAACUCCUACAUCAAUAUCCAGGGACAAGCAAGGACAUUCUCGACGCUCUGUGGGACAAGUACAUAGGGCAACAACAUCCGCCCUCUCAGCCCAUGGAAUACUGUGGUGCCCCCAACGCGGACCUUGAUAAUCCCAUCACUUUGGCCGAAUUGAAUCAAGCCAUCCAGGCUCUUACCCGCAAUACCACCCCCGGUGCGGACAAGAUUACAAACCGUAUCAUUCGAAACCUAGACGACCCUUCCAUCCAAGCCCUCACCAAUUUCUUUAAUCAGCAUUGGGAGGAAGGCACAUUACCGGCAGCGUGGAAACAUGCCGAUAUCAUCCUGAUCCCCAAGACCGGCAAACCACCCAAAUUGGAGAACCUGAGGCCCAUCUCUCUCACUUCAUGUAUUGGGAAGCUAUUCGAGCACGUGAUACUCAACCGGCUCCAGCCAUACGUCGAGAACAACAACCUCCUACCACCGACAAUCUUCGGCUUUCGUCCGCACCUCAGUACGCAAGACAUCCUCCUCCAACUACACGAGGAUAUCAAUCGACAAGUCUCCGCUCACAGCACUAGAGCCAUCCUGACGCUGGAUCUGAAGGGGGCAUUUGACAAUGUGAGUCACGACAUCAUACUUACCAAUCUCAGUGAUCUAAACUGUGGUCAACGAACCUUUGCUUACAUUCAAGCAUUUUUACAAAACCGCACAGCCACGAUCGGCAUUGGCGACCUUCGGACCCAACCUCUCCCCACUCCCAACAGGGGAACGCCACAAGGAGCGGUUCUGUCGCCUAUGUUGUUUAACGUGGCGAUGAUGAAGCUCCCUGCCCAACUCGCAGAAAUAGAGGGUGUCUAUCACGCCCUCUACGCCGAUGAUAUUACUAUCUGGGCCACCUCCGGCUCUGACGGGGAGAUCCAAGAUGCCUUACAGCGCGCGACCGACGUGGUUCAACGGUAUGCACGUGGUGGGGGUCUUCAAUGUGCGCCUGAAAAAUCGCAGCUGCUCAUUGUAAAGAAGAAAUGCCGGAACAAUUCUUAUGAUCCGCCACAGCUUACUCUCACACUCGAGAAUCAAGUCAUUCCGCAAGUGACAUGCAUUAGGAUUCUCGGCCUCUUUCUCCAACAAGACGGCGGAGGAUCACACGCGCUUCAACGUCUUACGCAUACCACGAAUCAAAUCCUUCGUAUGAUGGGACGAAUUGCCAACAGACGACACGGCCUGAAAGAGGAAGACGCUACCCGUCUCAUCCAGGCACUCAUCAUUAGCCGUGUAACCUACUCUGUCCCCUAUCUGACCCUCAAACCUCGGGAACGAGAAAAACUCGAAGUACUGAUUCGCCGGUCUUAUAAACAAGCCCUCGGUCUUCCACCCGGAACCUCGACACCACGUCUCUUGUCUCUCGGCAUUCACAAUACCGUCGAAGAGCACAUUGAAGCACACCUCACAGGUCAACGCGAACGUCUCAAGCUAACACCUGCAGGCAGGCAGGUUCUAACUCGUCUGGGCUAUCCAAUUCAAACCCUGGGCCACAGUGAAACAAUUCCCCUCACUGCUGCUUAUCGCACCAAAAUUUCAGUUGCUCCAAUACCCAAAAACAUGCACCCCGAGUUCCAUCAGGGGAGACGACAGGCUCGCGCCCGCACUCUUCAGAAGAAACUUCAAUAUGCCCGCCACGUCAGAUACACUGACGCCGCCAGUUACCCGGGUCGACUGGCCAUGGCUGUCAGCGUAAUCGACGAAGACAUGCGAGAAUUACCCUUUAAGGGUGAACAGAGUAUACAAGCUGGCGCUGGGCUACAUCCACCAACCUCGACGGAGAGGGUCAUGCAACUUUAG